GAAAACGCAAUUCAUCCCAAUACAAUAACUCAAUAAGUCCAUAUACAGGCCCAAAAGCAAUGGUCUCAGAAACCCUAGCUCUGCACACCACCGGCGACCUGCCUCCAUAUCGCCGCCGUCGCCGCCUCCUUCUUCCGCAUUCAUCAAUUUUUCUGAAAAAAAAAGUUUAGAUCUUAGCUCCAUCCCCUCAAAAACCCAGAUUUCACCCCCCAACCUCCUUUCUCUGAAAAAAAAAAAACCAAUCUUCAAACCUCCAUCAACCUCCGCCGCCGUAUCUCCGACAAAAUCCAGCCCCCACUGCCGCUGUUUGCUUCCACCGUGCGACACCUCUAUCGAUCCCACCACCACCAAAAAAUCUCCAACCCACCACCAACACCAAGACCUCUUGGAUAAGUUGCAUCCACCACCAAGCAACUAAAGACGAAAGAGACUGCUCACGAGUCAUGCCCUCCCAAGAUGCUUAUUGGUUCAAAAUUUCAACGUCAAAAUCUUAGGUAGUCUAAAGAGUCAAAAUACACAAAUGUCUUAUCCAAUUAUCUUAUGCGUGUGGGUCUUUUCGUUUCGUUUCGUGGAAGUUAUUUUUUAUUUUGCACUUGCUUUACCAAGACUAUUGGUUGGGCAUGGCGGAAUAAAGAAAUAAACACGCCAAUAAUAUAGUCUGGGAAAGCCGAGAACACGGAGCCACAGAGUGCAUCAAAGGCAGAGAUAUCGUUCGUUACAGGUUAUGGGAUUUGAUGAAGAGGAAGAGGUUGAUAGUGUUAAGAUGCCCUUGUUGCAGCAUACGCGCUCUUCUCCUUCAUCAUCGUCAACUCCACCAACUGAAACUAUCAAGGAUCCACUCAAAAGAACUGGAAACGAAUGGACUGCUUUGGCACAUAUAAUCACAGCAGUGAUAGGCUCAGGUGUGCUAUCAUUAGCUUGGAGCAUGGCACAACUAGGAUGGAUUGCAGGUCCAUUGUCCAUGCUGUGUUUUGCUUCUGUAACGAUUAUUUCUGCAUUUCUUCUCUGCAACUGUCACAAAUCCACUGACCCAGAGUGCACCAUCCGCCAUGGCUCUUACCUUGAUGCAGUUACGUCAAUUUUAGGAAAGAAAAGCGCUUGGUUUUGUGGCAUCGUUGUUCAAAUUAACUUCAUCAAGGUUGCAAUUGUGUAUACAAUCACCACUGCUAGUAGCAUCGGAGCAAUACAAAAAUCAAACUGCUAUCAAUAUGAAGGGCAUGAUGCUGCUUGUGGUGGGAAUUCAAAUACAAAACAUAUGGUUAUAUUUGGAGCGGUUCAAGCUCUAGUGUCUCAAGUUCGUAAUUUUCAAAACACAAAGUGGCUCUCCGUAGUUGCAGCAAUCAUGUCUUUCACCUAUUCUUUAAUUGGAGCAGGACUAGGCUUGGCGAAAGUAAUUGAGAAUGGAGAAAUAAAGGGUAGCAUUACUGGAUUGCCUUCUGACAAUGCGAUUGAGAAAGUAUGGUCAGUUGCACAAGCACUUGGAGACAUUGCCUUUGCUUUUCCAUUCUCUCUUGUUUUCUUAAACAUACAGGAUACAUUGAAGGAAACUCCUCCAGAAAAGGCGACCAUGAAAAAAGCGUCAACGAUAGCAGUUUGCAUUACAACUCUCUUCUACCUAUGUUGUGGCGGAUUUGGUUAUGCAGCCUUUGGGACCAACACGCCUGGGAACCUUUUGACAGGAUUCGGUUUCUAUGAGCCAUACUGGCUAGUCGAUAUCGCAAAUGCAUGUGUCGUGGUUCAUCUUGUUGGAGCAUAUCAGGUAUUCAGCCAGCCAUUGUUUGCAAAUUUCGAGAGCUGGCUUGGGAGGAAAUUCCCGGAGAGUGACAUUGUGCACAGAGAUUAUGAUCUGAAGCGGUUAUUGUUACCAGGUUUUAGGUUAAAUUUACUGAGAUUGGUUUUCCGAACUGCUUAUGUUGUUACAGUCACUGGAAUCGCGGUACUAUUCCCCUACUUCAACCAGGUUGUCGGAUUUUCAGGAGCAAUAACCUUUUGGCCAGUAGUAGUGUAUUUCCCAGUGGAGAUGUAUCUAAAGCAGAAAAGAAUAGAAUCCUGGACGACCAUCAAGGUUGUUCUUCGUACAUAUACCUAUAUAUGUUUGGUUGUCAUUGUAUUUGCCUUUGUAGGCUCUGUCAGAGGGUUGAUAGUUGCAAGGUUCAGCUAGAGACUCUCCACCACUCCCAGAAGGAUGUUCAGUCCAAUAGCAAAUGUAAAUAUUCUGUUCAAAUUUCUUGUGUUUAAGGAAGAGUGUGGCAUGCAAAAUGCUGUUAACAACUCUUGCCUAAACAGUGUAUUUAUUGAAAGAAGAUAUAUACACAAGAAUUAUUUUCAUA